AUGGUGGUUCUGCCGCAGAUGCUGGUCCAGCGGCAGAUUGAAGCCCUCGUCAAGGACAUGCAGGACCCGGAGACGGGGGUCAGAGUGCAGAACCAGAAGGUCACGGUCAUCAGCGUCCCUCACGCCAUGACAGGGAGUGACGUUCUCCAGUGGAUCACCCAGCGCCUGUGGGUCUCCGGUCCGGAGGCACAGAACUUGGGCAACUUUAUUGUCAAGUACGGCUACAUUUAUCCCCUGCAAGACCCCAAGAACCUCGUUCUCAAGGCUGACAGCAGCCUCUAUCGAUUUCAGACGCCGUAUUUCUGGCCCGCCCAGCAGUGGCCGGCUGAAGACACAGACUACGCCAUAUAUCUGGCCAAGCGAAAUAUCAAGAAGAAAGGGGUUUUAGAAGAAUAUGAAAAGGAAAAUUACAAUUUCUUGAACAAAAAAAUUAACUACAAGUGGGACUUUGUCAUCAUGCAGGCCAAAGAGCAGUACCGGGCUGGAAGGGAGAGGAAUAAAGCGGACAGGUACGCUCUGGACUGCCAGGAGAAGGCGUAUUGGCUGGUCCACCGACGCCCGCCGGGAAUGCAUGACGUGCUGGACCACGGCCUGGACCGAGUGACCAAUCCGAAUGACGUCCAGGUAAACCAGAAACAAACGGUGGUUUCUGUCAGAAAAGAGAUCAUGUAUUACCGACAGGCCUUAAUGAGGUCCACGGUGAAGUCCUCGGUGUCCCUUGGCGGGAUCGUCAGGUACAGUGAGCAGUUUUCGUCCAAUGACGCCAUCAUGUCAGGCUGCCUCCCCAGCAACCCUUGGAUAACAGAUGACACCCAGUUCUGGGAUUUAAAUGCCAAACUGGUGGAAAUCCCAACCAGAUUGCGGGUGGAGCGGUGGGCCUUCACCUUCAGCGAGCUGAUGCGAGACCCCAAGGGCCGGCAGAGCUUCCAGCACUUUCUUAAGAAGGAGUUCAGUGGGGAGAAUCUGGGAUUCUGGGAAGCCUGUGAGGAUCUGAAGUACGGAGAUCAGUCCAAGGUCAAGGAGAAAGCGGAGGAGAUUUACAAGCUGUUCCUGGCCCCAGGGGCGAGGCGCUGGAUCAACAUCGACGGGAAGACCAUGGACAUCACGGUCAAGGGGCUGAAGCAUCCGCACCGCUACGCGCUGGACGCCGCGCAGACCCACAUCUACAUGCUCAUGAAGAAGGACUCUUACGCUCGCUAUUUAAAAUCCCCCAUCUAUAAGGAGAUGCUGGCCAAAGCGAUCGAACCUCAGGAAACCACCAAGAGGAGCUCGAGCCUCCCGUUCCUGCGGCGUCCCCUGCGCUCCAGCCCGAGCCCCGUCAUCCUCAGGCAGCUGGAAGAAGAGGCCAAGGCUCGGGAGGCGGCCACCACGGUGGACAUCACCCAGCCGGGCCCGCGCACGGCCCCCAGCCCCCACCUGGCCGUGUACACCGGGACCUACGUGCCCCCCUCUCCUUCCAGCCCCUUCUCCCCGCGCUGCCGCUCCCCCCGGAGGCCCUUCCCCUCGCCCGGCAGCUUCCUCCGGCGGCCCAGCAGCACCGUCUGCCCCUCGCCCAUCAGAGUGGCCUUGGAGGGCUUCCCGGGCUCGGAGCAGACGCAGGAGGCCGGCGGGUCCAGGGCCAGCCGCAGGCGCUCGGAUGCCGAUUCCGGAGUGGCCUCCACGGAGCAGCCCCGGCGCCGGGCCCCUCCCAAGGCCCGCGUGGCUCUGUCCCUCGGCCGGUUCCUGCGACGAGGCUGUUUGGCCUCCCCGGUCUUUGCCAGGCUCUCCCCCCGGUGCCCCCCCGUGCCCCACGGGAAGGUGCAGCCCCUGGGGGCCGUGGGCCGGCAGCCGCCACGACCGAGGUCCCGGAGGGCGGCCAACUUUUUCCAGAUCAAAAUGGACGUGCCUACGGGGAGCGGGACCUGCCUGAUGGACUCGGAGGAUGUGGGGACAGGAGAACGGGGUGGCCAGGCCAUAGAAAAGGAGGUCAUCUGCCCCUGGGAGAGCCUGGCUGAGGGCAAAGCUGGCUGA